AUGUCGAACUUCAUGCACAAAGUCAAAGACGCCAUGACUGAUCGUGACAAGGAAGACCGCACCUACAGAGAUGACGAUAACUAUGGCUCCAAUGCCCCGGGCACUGAAACCAACAAUCCCUCUGACAGACCCACGAAUCCAUUUGGUCAUAGCCGCGGUGAUACCACUGGUUCCCACACCAGGUUCAAUGAGCCCUCGAACGUAGAUUCAACCAAUACCAAGGGCAGUCAUAACACCGGUCCCACCGGCUCUGACUCCUACGCAUCAGCCAGGUCUGGCGCAACCAACGCUGGCCCUCAUGAUUCAGCAACUGCCAACAAGCUGGAUCCCCGGGUUGAUAGUGACCAGGAUCACCGCGCCAAUCAAGGAACAAUGGGAUCUCGUUCCAACGUCGGCCCUCAUGAUUCAGCAAUGGCCAAUAAAAUGGAUCCUCGGGUUGAUAGCGACCAAGCUUUCGAUAACCACAAGAAAUCCGAAGAAAAUUAUUCCAAGGCCACCCAGGAACACAAAGCCCACACCCAGCCCGGUGAAAUGGGUAACGAGUUGAAGAGCGAGGAUGAUUACAGUAGUUCUCUCCAGGAGAACAAAACUCACUCUACUACUAGUCAUGCUGCGCCUUGCCAGGAGGCUGGUGGUUUGGGUGGACAGCAGGGUAUGGCUGGACAGCAAGGCAUGGGUGGACAGCAGGGAUUUGGUGGCAAUGCUGCUGCUGGUGGCAGUGGGGGCAUGGGUAUGUCUGGGGGUCAGGGUGGGGUUCAGAGUCAGGGUCAGAAUGUUGAUCCUAUGAAUAAGCUUGAUCCUAGGGUUACUCGUGCUAAUGAGCAGCAGAGCAAUGUCGGGAACCAGCGUGGAUAUUAG